AUGCAGUACACCAAGAUCUUGGCCUUGGCCACCCUCUUCAUAUCUAGCACCCUCGCUGCUCCGCUAGACGUUGAAACUCGUGCUUGUGCCGCGACAUGCGGCAAAGUUUGCUACACUAGCAGUGCUAUCAGUGCCGCGCAGGACGCUGGCUACGACCUUCACAGCGGAAAUGAUGAUGUCAACAACUACCCCCACGAGUACCACAACUACGAAGGUUUCGAUUUCCCAGUUCCAGGAACUUACUACGAAUUCCCCAUUCUCAGCAGUGGCAAGGUCUAUACUGGCAACUCUCCUGGUGCGGACCGUGUUAUUUUCAACGACGACAACGAGCUUGCUGGCCUUAUUACCCAUACUGGAGCCAGCGGUAACAACUUUGUGGCAUGUACCUAG